GUGCGCACCUUUACUGGGUGUGCCCCUCUAACAGCAGCAGGUACUGCCGCGUUUCACCGUCUCUCUUUCUGCUGGGAAGCCUCGAACCGUCCGGGAUGGCUCCGUUCGCCCUGAAGUCGCUUCUGUUUCUGCUCCCGUUUCUCGGAUGCUGUGGAGCGCAGGAGAUCCUGCCCGAAGGUCCCGUGGACGCACUUUUAGGGGGAACUGUGACCCUGAAAACUCUGUUUAACAACCAGCAAUACACCGUCAUUAUUUGGAAUUUCAACAACGGAGUUAGAGAGAUUAAUAUUGCGACAGUUACUGCUGCAUCGGUGAGAGUGAACACACCUUACCAGGGAAGAGUUUCUGUUAACUCCACCAACGGCUUCUUGACCCUGGCGUCCCUGACGGCAGCGGACAGCGGCUCUUACAGCAUCAGUGUAGUACUACCGGAUGGCAGCACUCUACCCGGAGAGAUUAAGCUUCGAGUUGUUGAGCCAGUGUCCGAAGUGGUCAUCAAGUCCAACCUGCCUGAAGCGAUUGAAUACAGCAGCACCGUGGCUCUUACCUGCACCGCUAAAGGCUCUGCACUCAGCUUCAAAUGGACCAACGGCACCACGGCCAUCGUGGACGACGGCAAAAGAAUCACUCUGACAAGAGGGGACUCUUCCAGCACGCUGACCAUCGGGAAUGUCCUCCGGUCAGACCUGACAGGCCCCAUCUACUGCACAGCCUCUAACGCGCUGACGAACAAGACCAGCGCCCCCUUCAACCUCACUGUCUACUAUGGACCCGAUAACGUCGCCAUCACCCCUGCAAACCCACCCAAGUUUGUCGAAUCUGGUUCCACGUUCAGCCUGACCUGCUCGGCCGUCUCCCUGCCGCCCGCCUCCUUCAAAUGGUUCUCUAACGGGUCGCUGAUGGAGGCCACCGGUCCUAACCUCACUCUGAAUGUAAUCGAAGCACACAAAAUCACAGCGACGACUGGCUUCACCUGCAGUGCCGAAAAUGCCAAGACCAAACGCAAUGCCACUUCAGCAGGGGUUUCCUUCGGCGUUAUGAAGGGUAUUACAAGUGCUGAACUCAAGGGUCCGACUGGUCUCCUCAUCACCGGCAACAGCUCGGCCAACUUCAGCUGCCAGGUGACGGGGGGCACCGUGGAGACCGUGGAGUGGCUCAAAGAUGGCAAACCUCUGUCUGAGGACCCCCGGAUGGUUUUUAGCACUGACAGGAGGUCAGUGUUUAUCACCGUACUGCAGAAAGGGGACAACGGAAAUUUCACAUGUCGCGCCAGGAAUGCCAUCAACAGCAAAGAUGGCGUCUACACGAUGGUGGUCAACUAUGGUCCCGAACAACCGACUGUAACAGGUGCUAAAGCCACAGAGGUAAACCGACAGGAGACCCUCACCUGCUCCGCCCCAUCGGUUCCUGCUGCCCGCUACACGUGGAAGUUAAACGGCACUGACACUAAAGUCACUACUCCGGUCUACAGCAUCCAAAGUGCGUCAUACAAAGACAGUGGAACAUACACAUGCGAGGCGUACAACAUCAUCACCGGCAAGACCACCACAGCCAGCCACAUACUGUCUGUCAAAGAGGAGGGGUCGUUGGACGGUCUCUCUGAUGGUGCCAUCGCUGGAAUCGUCAUCGGCGUCCUCGCUGCAGUCGGAGUAGCCAUCGGCUUAUUCUUCUACUGCCGGCAGAAAGUACCGGUCGACUCGCCGUACUAAAAUGACGUCCUGCUCACUGCUGGCCUAAAAUCACCAUCAUUGUAUUUGCCAUGAUUCACCAAUGCAGCCAGAAGAAUUGUCCAGGUGGAGCUAGCUGGUUUCCUCUCAUCAAACCCCCCCCCCACCCCUCUGUGUGUCUCCCCAUCUGACUGAGAAUGGUGGAAAUUAGAAUUAACCCCAAAUGAUGGAUUUAAUCAGGGUUCAAGUUGUUUUUAAUUUAAAUUUAAAAAAAAUAUUUUUGGAGCCCCACCCUCCUUUUCUGGAUCCUCCCCUUUUCUUCUCUUCUUGUUAACAAACUUCAUUCUUCAGCUUUCGUCUCAGCGCCGCCUGCUUUGGAAAGAUUUAAAGACCAAGAAACUGAGACGGAAAUGUUUCCUGGGCUAAAGCUGACGGACUGACAGUUACAAUGAGUGACUCUCUUUAUCCUGCUGAAACCUGAGGAGGACACACACACCCACACACACACACACACACACACACACACACCCCAAACAACUGUGCUGCCUGGCUGAUCACAAACACAAAGGAGGCCACACAUGUAGAAUUUUCAGGUUUUUAGGGUUAAACCAACGUGAGAAAAUGCUGUGGUUUGGUUUUUCUCUCCAUCUGUGCCAGGUGGGCGGAGUCUGCCCGAUGGGGGCUGUUUCAAAUGCAGCGGAGCAUUUUAUAGUAAAGGUUUGGAUGCUUCUCUGGAAGCUUUAUGGGAUCCAAAUUCCUCAGUUUCAUUGGAGCAUAGCAGUGUUUUUUUUAAAUUAAACUUUAUUAGCGUUUCUAAACUUCUUUCACAGUCUGUGUGAUGCAGCAUGCAGGAAGGGCGUGAAGUUAGUUAAUGGAACUUUUUUAAUGAAUAACUUUUACUUUGUAGAACAUGCCGCCCAAUUUUUAAAUUGCCAACCAAGGUAACAGUCCAAUCAGACAGGCUCCAUCACAAUAUUAAGAUUAAAAGGUACUUUUGUUGCUAAGAUUCAGUUAGAUCUCAAACUUCUGUGGUUUAAUGAAGCAAACCUGCAAUAAAUCCUCCAUCACAAAGCCUGUGAUCAGUGCUGCACGGCGGCUCUCCUGCAGGAGACGGUGCUGUUAAACUGCACUGCCUGGUGUUUCUGUUAUUUUGUCUGUCCCAGUCACAGUGAGGGUAGACCGAAAUAAGAGAAACACCAGCUGCUGUAACGCUCCGACUACAGCCUCAUGAGUUUAACUCCACAUUAUAGCCUUCACAAAGGAGAAUUAAUAGCAGGAGUGUUACACUGAAACACACCGAUCUUGGCCAGGUGGACCCAAAAUCCACCCGGAUUUUACGACUUUUCCUUACAAUAAGGUUCACACCACAAGAAGUACUCGGAAACAGACUGCGACUGAUAAAACGUUAGUGCUCGUCACACUGCCUGCCCACCAAUCAGAGACCAGCUGAAGGCAUUUGUCUUUUUUUAGCGGGUCUCAAAGUUUCAGAAGGAACUAAGAGUUAAACACAAAUAAUCAGCUGAAGAUGUAUGUAAUGAGACACAAACACACACAUUCAGACACUCACACACACACACACACUGUUACACAGGUGCAGUUUGUCCUUCCAUACCCUGCUGGCUUUUUUUCUAGCAGCUUUAGCUUUGGGGUUUCUGUAGCGUCGCUUUAACAUAACACUGCUGUGUUCAGUGGAAAUGCAUGCAAGCAGACAAAGGAGGGAACAUUUAAGGAGGGCAAGAUUCGGCAUGCAGGGAUGAGCCAGCGAGGUGACGGGAAAAAGAGGCUUAAAAAAAGGCGGGAAGGCGUUUGUGGGCCGUGACAUUCUUUCAGUUUUGGAGGGAACGUUUGGCGAGCUUCAGGGCGGUGCAAACAUUUUUUUAACCAUGAGUGAGAGAAGUUGUUUGACAUGAUGCAUUUGCAGCUUUUAUGACACUCCUGGCUUCAGCCAUUUUCUGUAUUGUUUGAAGUUCAGCUUUUAGCCGGAUUUUUUUUUUUUUUGAGUAUUUUCUCAUCGGGCCUCAGACGAUGAUCCUACGCUCUGAGCUGCUCGAUGAGCUUGCUUUGUGUUGUUUGAGUGGUUGGUGCUCUCGUGUGUGAGGGCAUGCACUGAUCUCCAGUAAGAAGAGUAUUUAUUUUGUUCAGUUUUUUUUUAAAAAAGGAAAAACUUAUUAACUGGAGCUGAAGAUCAUAGCAGGUCUGCAGAUCACACAUUCAGAAGCUUUUUGGCAUUUUUUUAAGUUUGCGUGUCUUCACAUGGCCACUGUGAAUAUAGCCACUGAUUUUAGACUCGUCUGACAUUUUGAAGCCUCAACAUAAGGGAUGUGUCCCAGUUCAGGGGGUUACAGCAGCUGUUAAAUGGGACGGUCUGUCCUUCAUAUCUGUGUCACCUGCUUUUCCCGCCCUUACCUCAUCGUAGCUCCAGCCGUGACAGCGUGAAGCACAGCUGUGGAAAAGAAAAUGGAGCUCAAACUUUUGCUCUUUUUUUUUUUUUUUUUUUUAAACAACUAUCCAGUUAUGAAGCUUAACUUUAAUCUCAGCCAACCUGGUUUGCUCAGGAACAAGUGAAACGAUGAAAUAAAGCAAACAUCGGCCGUUAGAGAUCACUGAGUGGAUUACAUCUGUGUUUGACUUCCAGCCAGUUUGAAAACGAUGUGCCGGGAGUCGGGCGUUCUCUCUGGGUGUAGUGAGCCUCGACUGCCAGUCAGCUGACAGCUGCUGUUAGAGCAGUGGGAACGGACUUCUCCGAAAACAUCGGAGCGCUUUUGCAAUUAAACAGUGUCUUGAUAAGUCGAGCAGAUAUUUGAGGUUUACACAUCUACAUUCUUGCCUGAAAGUAUCAUAGAAGUUUAUUAUUUAUCAGCCCGGAAUGACUCAUGGGAUAGGCUAGGGGACAAAGGAUACUCCUGAUCUGUGCUUAAAAUCCAGGGAAAAGAAGGCCGCAUUUGGUGGCGCCUUCGAAUUAGCACAGCCUUCAUCACCUGGCUGUGACCUAAUCAGCCUGCAAAUGCAGCUGCAGCCCCUGAAUUGGGACAUGCCCCAGGAUAGUUGUUUUUUUGUUUUUUGUUUUUAGAGCUGGAAGUGACCAUACUUAGAUGAGAGGGUGGAGUUAUCAACCAAUUCUGGUCGCUUAGCAGCUAACAAACUCCUAGAAUAGAAUGGAGCACAGACUUCUCGGAUAACCUGCAUAGCGAUCCACGUCAUUGGAUAAUUCCAUUGGAAAUGCUCCAAAAGGCACCAACACAGUCCAGAGGACCUGCCAAUCUACUCGCAGCAGCUUCAUUUGUCGUUUACCUGGUUCUCUGUAGCUGAAGGUGCUCCGACUGAUUCAGAAAGUCUUAAACAUAUUAAUGUCUCUGUUUGGGGAAAACAGCUCAGAAUGUAUUAAUACCAACAUGGAGAUAUGAUGCUUUGUUUUCCUAAAAGAGAAACACGUGUGUGUUUGAAUCCAACCCGAGCGGCCUUAAAGAGGAAACUACCCUCACUGUAAAUACAUGCUGAUGUUCUACACUGUAAACUCUUUGUUUUUUGGAUUAUAUAUACAUAUGGGGUGUUAUGUUUUAUGGUUUAAUAUUCUCAGAGAUGUUUGUUUUUAAUGUUUACAGAAACAGAAAGUCUCCUCUAUAUACAAAAACAGAAAUCUGUAUAAAUACUAAAAGAUGAAAUAAAUGAAAAUCAUGUCAAUCA